ACUUUUUGUGAUAUGGAUACUGUCAGCUUUUAUAUGUGUUCUAUGUUGUCAUCUGUCAAAUGUCAAUGGACAAAAUAAUUUAUGAGCCCCCACUCCCCAGUUUCAAACAGCUUCAAUAAUAUAUUAAAAUAAAUAUUACAUUAUAAAGUUUUCUGCACGAUAAGUUUAGUUGUAUCAAAUAUAAAGCAAUGGCGGCAGCCCCAACUGACUGGCAAUUAGAAUGUGUAGAAUUAAAACAGCGAGGAGCAUACUUGCUUCAAACUGGCCAGUGGUCAGAUUGCACUUUUCUGGUGGGUACCGAUCCUAAUCAAGUGGUGAUAGCUGGUCACAAGCUUAUUUUGGCGAUGGCAUCUCCCGUGUUUGAGGCAAUGUUCUAUGGUGGCAUGCCCGAAAGGAAUGAUCCAAUACCAAUCUUAGAUGUUCAGAUUGAUGCAUUUAAGGCUCUUCUAGAGUAUAUAUAUACAGGAAACAUAAAUUUGAGUUCAUUUGAUAAAGCUUGUGAGCUGUGCUAUGGAGCUAAAAAAUAUAUGCUACCACACUUAGUUAAAGAAUGCACCCGUUACCUCUGGUCUGAUCUAUAUCCAAAAAAUGCUUGUAGAGCAUAUGAGUUUGCUCGGCUGUUUGAUGAAAAUGUUUUGAUGGAAAAAUGUUUGCAGAUCAUCAGUACUAAUACCAAAGAUGUGCUAAAUGAUAGCAGUUUUGAAGAAGUGGAAUUAAAUACAGUUAUUACAGUCUUCUCAUUGGAUCACCUCAAUAUUGAUUCAGAAAUGGAUCUUUUUAAUGCUGCAGUGAGGUAUUCAAAAGCUAUGGAAAAGCGGAAUGCUGAACGGAGCAGUAGUCCUUCUACUGAGGGUCCCUCAACAGAGAGUACAUCAACUGAACAAAGAGAAUCUGACUCUGCUCCUAAAAGUCCACCACCAUCUACAUCUAAGGACAAUACACAGGUAGUUAAUGUUGAGAGCAGUGCUGAAAACAGUCCGGCAGCUGCAAUGGAGGCAUGUCGCUCCUGUGACAAUUCAGACCAUUCCGUUCAGCCCCCAGACAGCAAGAAACCUAAAACCUCUGAAAGCAAGCCAACCCUCCGCAGUGCCAUCGAGAAGAUCAGAUUUCUGACAUUGUCGGCACAACAGUUUGCUGAGGGCCCAGCAAGAUCUUCCCUUUUGACCGAGUCAGAGGCUUUCACAGUCCUCAUGAAUAUCCUUUCAAACAACUCUGAUGUGCCAAUGCCAACUGGUUUUUCAACUUGUAGGAGUCCAAGGAAACAGCUGAUCGGUUGUGGACCUUCAUGUAAUAUGACAACAUUUGUGGUUGACACUCCCAGUCCGGUCGCAGUAGAGCAAGUGUGGGAUAACAGUCGUCCCGCUCCUUCAACAAACACCUGUCCCUCUUACCCAAGACCCACGCGCCAUGAGAGUCUAUGGCCAGUCCUGGGCAUGGUGGUCGACCACACAGAACGUCACAAUUCGGACCUGCAUAAGAUCUACUGUCAACGCGCAGUAGUUCAGCAAACAGAUUGCCUUAACACGAGCGUAUUAGAUUGUUCAGUAACCUUCAUGGUGGAUAAAAAUAUAUGUCUCCUGGGCGUUCAGGUACCAACUCAAGCGCCGAGCGAGGAAAGCGCGGUUACGGGUAGCGGGGCGGGGGGCUAUUCUGAGCUUCUGUACGCACAUCUAUUGGAUGCGGACGGAGCACGAUUGACGUAUACGCACUACACCAGUCGCGUGCCAUAUCGACAUUUACUUGACAUCAUGUUCAACCGACCCGUUUAUAUACAACGGAAUAAGGUGUACAAAGUAGGUAUAGUAUUUAAUAAGGUGGGUUGGUAUCCAAUGGGCACGUGCGCACAGCAGGUAGCUGCGGAAUCAGUCUUCUUCAACUUCGGCAUUGGACAGAGCAGCGACUCAGUCCGCGAUGGCCUCAUUCGAUCAAUCAUAUUCACAUACUAAACCACUUAUAUCUUACAUUUAUAUGGAUUUAUAUGCAUAUAAACGCGAUUUUUUACAUUAUUAACAUAACAUACUAAGAGAUGCCUAAUUACCAAAAAGCACUGUAACCUCCCUCCUAAAUUUAUGUGUGACUGAAUUAAAAUUACCAUUUAUUACUUCUCAUGAGAUGUACGAAUGUAGUAGUAAACAGGGGCGUUCAUUAGCCGAUCCAAAAAGUAUAAUUAUGACUGUCAUUUUAAAAUAUACGUGCCUUUCGAUUUUAUGAUUUAAAAAACACCGAGACACCACAAGAUGGUUUUAUAAUUCGUUUUUUUGAUUUAUUCGAUAUUGAACUAUUUAUAUGAUAUUAUUCGAUAUUGAACGACUAAAGUUUUGGAUAUUAGUUAUGUGAAAAAUGAUAUAAUUGUUCUCUUGUUUAUAACAUAGGGCUAUUCAGGUUAAGAUUUAAGUCGAUAACGAUGAUUCUACGUAAUGUUCUGACAUGCGUUAGCGUUAGGCCUCGACUCUGAUUUUUUUUAUUUAGAUUUUAAAUGACUCAUCUAAAGUGCAGUAUAUAUUUUUGCCAAAACUCUCUUUUCUAUUUAGAUCUGUGAUAGCACCACACUGGAGAAAGCGACGAAAUUGUA